AUGCAACUAGCGUUUCUGGACUUUGAAGCCGCGUUCGACUCUCCUCACCGAGGUCGUCUUCUCAACGCGCUCCGCGCCGAUGGAGUACCAGGAAAGUUCGUUCGCUUGCUUGAUGACAUGAAUCAACAAACAACUGCUGCAGUUCGAACACUAGCCGGAUGUACAACACCGUUUGAAGUGGUAACUGGAGUAAGACAAGGGGCAGUGGCAGGACCUUUCCUGUUCAAUUUCGCAAUCGACGACAUUAUGCAAAGAACAGUCGAUCAGUGUCCUGCCGACAUUGUCUUAGCACCAUCAGGGUGCCCCUUGACUGACCUCGAGUACGCCGGCGAUGUUGUUAUAUUCGCGGAAAGCAGUACGAAACUUCAACAUGUUGUCAACCUUGUAUCGAAGCUGGCUGCAGCCUAUGGACUACGUCUACGCCCUGAUAAAUGCAAGCAGAUUGGAUCUCUUCGAGACCUGAAAACGGGAAUCAGGGUGAACGGACAACCGAUAGAACUCGUCGAUGAGUUCUGUUACCUAGGCUGUACGCUGAAGAACAAUGGCAGCUACGAGGGAGAUGUUCAGCAAAGAUGCGCUAAGGCCACUUCUGCAUUUAACUCCUUAACGAAAUGCCUGUGGUCGACCCCCAUCACCAACGAAGUCAAGCUGCGAGUCUACCUAUCCGCAAUUCGCCCCAACGUGAUGUACGUAGAACAAACAACAAAGAUCCUCUUCUGCCUUCCUUUUAUUUCGGAUGACAUGAUCAAUGCAGCGCGAGCAAGCUUACGACAGGCGGAUCUGCAAGACUCAGUCAGAGUGGUAGACAUGCCACCUGCGAACUUGUAG